AUGUCAAGACCCACCGGAUUAGCAGCAAGAUUCCUGCAAAGAGAUGGAGCAUCCAAUGCUUCUUCUCGGUCAUCUUCCAGAGUGCGUACCCCAAAUCCAGACGGCGAAGAAAAUGGUGCUUUGGAUGUGAACUUCCAUGGCAUUGAGGAAUUGCUCUCGAGAAAAUUGGAGUCCUUACAAGCGAUUAUUCUACAAAAUGAGCUUGACGAUGCAGAAAACAGAGAUUCAAUGGUCGCCAAUGCCCAGGACCACAGAGAGAAGCAUGUCAGCGCCAUGAAUAAGAUGAGAAUUCAGUCGGAGUCGACCACAGUCAACGAGAUCAUCGACUCACUUGGCAAGGCCCGUUCCGAGGUUUCCUCGCUGUCAAGAGAAAUGCUCUUGGCCCAACUCUAUAAGCUUGUGGUAAUUAAGCCAUUGGUGGUUUUCAAUGAAGAAAACGCAGGGUCCCCGGACUACGUCUCUGAAGAGAAAGUCCUGGAGCUUGUGAAGCUUCUCAACUUGAAGGAGUACAGAUCAUCAUCGGAGUUUAUUCUCUUAUUCCGUUCCAUCAUUGGUUUACUCGCCAGUGAUUUGGAGGACUUUGGCGAGAUUGUUAGCGUUGACUUCCACGCUAAAUUAGAAGCUCUCAUUUCGGAGCCACCCAAUGCUUCUGUCAACGAGGAGAACAAGGCAGGUGUCAUCAGCGGCUAUUGUGCUCUUCUCAUAGUCUUGUAUUCUGACAAUUCCGCCUUUGGUGUUGAUGACAAGGUGAAGUGGCUUAUGGAGCUCGCUCAGGGUUAUGUCCAAAGCAGUGUCACGCUUUCUAAUGAGAUUAAGACUGGUGAUCGUGAAUACUCAACUUUGAUGGACGAGAGUGAAGACAAGCGUUUAGUCAGUGAGCAGGAGGCGAACCUCCAGGCGGAAGCCAAUAUUGCUAUUGCCGCUAUCCACGGUGUCGCUGGUCUCUUGACCCUCCUUCCGAGAGGCGAGUACCUCAAUGAGCUUCUCACCACCCUCGCCACAGAGUUUGUUGAGAUAAUCGACAACGACCACAACAUUGACAUCGCCAAGGCUGGAGGCAGGGCACUUGCUCUUUGCUACGAGCUUUACACUUACGAAGAAGGAGCCGAGGACGAUGAUGACGCCGACGAUGAGUUCAAUUACAAUGCACCAUAUUACGAGCAGGAGGCGUUGCUUGCAAUCUGCAGCAGGCUUGCAGGUAUGACCGCCAAGAAGGUUGGAAAGAAGGAGAAGAAGGAAACUGCUACUGUCUUCAGUCAGUUGUCCAACACGAUACAGCAUUACACGAAUCCUGAGACCAGGGAGGCGAUUUACAAGAAGUCUCUCAAGGGCAUUGAGUUGCUGCAAGAGGGUGUGAGCACAACCACCAUCAAGUUGUCUCGCUCGAAGACUCUUCCAAUCAACAGUUGGUUCUUGUACUUCCGUCUUCUACACCUCAAAUGGUGUUUCGGCUUCGGUCUUCAUGACCAACUUGUUCACAAUCCUGAGAUCAGAAGCGUCCUUAAGGAGCCCACCACGAAAUACACAGAUAAGUAUGGUGGCAACGAUGAGCUCAUCUUGGGCGGUGAUACCUAUGGCCAGAAUGCAUUGACUGACGCUGAGAGGUUCUCGCGUACAGAGAAGAAGAGAGAUAAUGACCUCAAAAAGGCACGUCAAACAAAACUCACCGAGGAGCUCGAGGAUCUUGGGAUCAAGGAUGAUUAA